AUGGACGUAGUCAAGCCAUCUGCUCAACAUAUAUUUUUUGAUACAACAGAUUAUGUUAUUCAAGGUUGUGAUGAUGAUUAUUGUUUUGAUGAAGAGGAAGAUUACUUCUCUCACAAUGAUGAAUUGGUAAUUCCAAAUGAACCAAUUAUUAAACAUUUAAAAAUGAAGGAAGAUGAUGAUAUUCAUAAAGUUAUUGUCCCACCACGAGACUUUAAUCCAAUCUCACAUAUUCUAUCAGCUCCUGUUUGUGAUGACAGUUAUUGUACAGAACAUGAUUUAGUUGAAGAUUUUACAAAUCAACGACUUUGUAAAUCUGUUCAAUUUGAUAAACAAUUAGGUUUAGAUUCUUCCUUUGAUGAGUUUGGUUCUGGUGAUGAAGACAGUUAUGACAAUGAUGAUUAUUUCAUGUUUUUAUAA